CGUGAACGCACUGCGCAAACGAGCGAGAAACGCGCGACAGCGCUGCUCAAGUAUUAGUUGCAAGCAUUGUUGAAGGAACACGCCUCGCUAGAGCUCUGUGGCGCACACACCGCAGCAACAACGGUAAAAAGACGACGUCUCGCCAGAGCGCUGCAACGCUGCAGUUGCAGGCAGCGCGCUGCACACACCACAAUGGCAGCGCGCGGCACCAUGAUCGCCGUACUCAUGCUCCUCGCGCCGGCCUGCGACGGCCGCGCCACGCCGCUCCGGGCGCGCGGUCGGCCACCGCGCGCCGGCGCCCUCACACGCACCGGCGGCGGCCCGCCGCCGCCGCCGCGGCUGUCGCUGCGGCAGCACGCGCUCGCGGGCGCCUUCGCGCGGGCCGUCGCCCAGUCCUGCGUGCACCCGCUCAACGUGGCCAAAACCACCCUCCAGACGGCGAACGGGCCGGCAGCUUUAAGAGCGAUGACGAGCGGCGGGCUGUUUUCCAUGGCGACGUGGCGGCACCUGAGCCGGGGCCUCGGCGCGCAAGCCUUAUUGUCCAUGCCGAACGGCGCCAUCAACUUUUGCGUGAUGGAGGGCACGCGGCGGUUCAUUUGUUCGGUGGCGCCGCGCGGCGGCGCGCUGAUCGACGCGACGACGGCGGCCGCGGGCACGGCCGUCGCGACGGUCGUGUCGCUGCCGCAGUCCAUCUUAAAUGACAGGAUCAUGGGCGGCGCGCACCAGAACCUCGUGGAAGCCUUACGGGCCGUCGGCUGGCGGGGCCUGUACCCGCGGACGGCCUGGACUGCGGCGCUCUGCGCGAAAGUGCCAGCUUAUGCCGUGAACUGGGCGGCCUACCAAGGGUUGCGGCGGUCCCUCUCGCGGAAGGGGAAGAAGCUCGGCGCGCGCGCGGACGUCUUGGUGGGCGCUUGUGCUGCCAGUGCCUCGGUCUGCCUCAUGAUUCCGUUGGACACGGUGAAGGUCCGCAUGACGACGGGCAAUUUGGGCGGCGUGGCCUACCGCAACGUGGCGGACGCGAUCCGGACGAUGCUCCGCGAGGAGGGCGCCUUCUGCUUUUAUCGGGGCCUGCCGCCGCGCCUUUUAAGCGUCGUGCCGAUGAUCGCGAUCCAGUUCGCGACCUACGAGUUCGCCAAGCGGCGGCUGCCGGCCCUCGAGGCGCGCCUCGCGGAGCUCGUGCGGACGCCUGUUGUCGCGGAGGCGUCUCAAGAAAAGCUCGCGGCCAUCUAA